ACGGAUUUUACAAAUGUCUGACUGAUAUUCCUGGUGAACGAUGGGAUGAGAUAAAAGCCACAGCCAGGGCAGGGAAACUAUCAUUUCAUCAACGAGCUACAAUGUCCUCUCCCAAAGUCUGGUUCAUAACGGGGGCGUCCUCAGGAUUCGGAAGAUCUAUGACAGAGUACGCGCUCAAUCAAGGCGACAUCGUAGUAGCAACCCUCCGUAAACCACAGGUCCUAUCAGAUCUCGCAGCACGAUACUCAGCAGACAAGCUCCUCGUGCUCAAAGUCGACGUCACGAAGCAAGAAGACAUCGACGAAGCAUUUGCGCGCACGCGUUCGGCGUUCGGACGGCUGGACGUAGUGUUCAACAAUGCGGGAUAUGGAAUUAUCACAGAAAUCGAAGGCACGCCUGAUGAUAAAGCGCGUGAGCUUUUCGAUACAAAUUUCUGGGGCGCGACAAACGUCAGUCGUGCUGCGGUGAAAUUUUUUAGGGAGGUCAAUGAAGCGGGCAAGGGAGGGACGAUUCUUCAGCUCAGUUCGGUUGCUGGGUUUAAUGCGCUCCCUGGGUUGAGUUAUUACGCUGCGACCAAACAUGCGCUGGAGGGGUUCUCAGAUGGUCUUGCGAAAGAGCUGCCGGCUUCCUGGAACAUAAAUAUCUGCAUUAUCGAACCCGGGGCAUUCCACACAAACGGAAUGAAAGGGGCAGUGGUAUUACCGCAGCAUCCAGCAUACGCCGACAAGUCUUUUGCGGGUUCCGUGUUGCGUCAGAUGCUAGAGGGCGUAGUCUUCGGAGGAGACGCGGACAAAUUCACACGCACUGUGUACGAGGUCGUACAGGGAGGAAAUAUACCGAAGCGGUUGCCUAUGGGUUUGGACGCGUUUGAGAUGCUGAAUCUUAGGAUUGAGAAUUUGAAGAUGACUGUGGAUGAGACGAAGGCGUGGUCGGCGGAUUUGAAGAGAGCUGAUGGGGGAGUCGAAAUCAUCGUACCUGUCUAACUUGAAGUAGUUUUAGUGUUUGAGUUGUGUAUAUGUGAUCGUGACAUGUGACGAAAGCUUCUAUAUUGAUUCCAUGUUGCCAUGAAAAAA